AUGCAAGAUGAGAAACUGCAGGACAAGAAACAACCUGUCAGCAAACUAAUUGAGCGGAGCCGACUUAGAAUGGUAUUAAAAAACUUGUCCCUCUUGAAGCUACUCAAGAGCUCAAACAGUCGGAUCCAGGAAUUGCAUAGCCUGGCCAGAAGGUGCUGGAAUUCAAUUAUCAGAAUUCCAAAGAGCCCUCAAAUCUCUUCUGGGGGCAACAAUGUCUGCAAAAAAGUGAAACAAAAUAAUGAAGAGCUCCAAGAGGUUAGAGCCCUUGGGAAGAGACCAGAACCUAAGAAAGCAGAGUCCGUAAGGGAACCUAAGGGAAAAACGUCCAACGAGUGGAAGCCCAAGAAAAAGCCUCAGGGAGCUUCUACUGCAGUGCCACAGAGAAAAAAGCAGAUAAAGCCUAAAGUCCUCAAGAUGGCAAAGAGUCAUGGCUUGCACACCAGAGCCCAAAAGAGAAAACACCACGUUAAGAAGCCCAGAGUUGUCUUCCUGAAGACCUACCACCACAGAACAUCCCCGGGGGACAUGAAGCCACUGGAUACAACCGACCAGUUGGUGUGGUUUGAGGGGCUUCCCACUCGCGUCCACCUCCCGGGGCGCCGGAUCAUGUGCAGAUCGUCUGCCCUGCGCUGUAUCAAGCGCGCCUGCACCCGCUUCUGCUGUGCGUCGCUUUGA